CACAGCCCCUAUUGUAUACGGCAGCCGUGUAGCGGAACAGCCUGCCCGUCCUUUGACAGCUCGGUACCUGACGUCAGGGUACCGUAUGACCGUGAUGAUACUUGGCGACGUGUCAUUGACCAUGGCAAUCAGUUUAAAAUACUAGUGAACCAAGAUUUUGUUUAGAUUUCUUUCUUUCUUUCUUAAGCUAAUAUGCUUGUAAGCUAACGAACUAGCUAGCAUUGCUGACAGCGAACUAACGUUAGCAACUUGUUCACAUUAGCUGGCUAACGUUUGCAACAUGGAUCCUCCCAGCACUGUAAUGGCCAGCAAGCUGUAGCCACACUGUCUCAGUCUCAAUUUGGUAUCUAUGUUCUCGUUUUUUAUUUUAUUUAUUUUUUAACAUAUCUUGAUUAAACAACAAGUGUGUGGUUAGCCAUUUUCUCUUAUCCGCAAGUAUUUCGUGGUCAGUCUAGUUUUCUUUACAGAUAUAACGUCAACAGGCAUUGUUUAUCGAGGCUCAGCUGUAGCUGCCUCUAUUGUUUACAUGGAUACGCUAGGCUGAAAUGCACUGGGGGCAUGUGGUGGUCGUACGCGUAACAAUACUGGAUCAGCUACAGAACAACCACAGUGGACAUAUGGAGAUGGGGCUUUGAAGGAGGACAGCUGUGCCCGCUGGACUGUCUGUGUGGGAGUUGGACACAGGACAGGAGUUUGUUUGUCCAUAGCUUAACCUGAAGCGGUAGCCUACGUAAUAAGGAGAAUGGGAAAUAAACGGUGUUGGAAACUGGUCCACCCUUCAGGCACUGGAAUGUUGCUGAAGACCCUACUGAUCACCAGUGUUCUUGGCUGGGCGAAAUGUCAAGAGAGCCAGAGCAUGACACCAGAGGAGAAGAUUGUAAUCAGGGACCAGAUUAUUGAGAUGUUUGAUCAUGCUUAUGGCAGUUACAUGAAAUAUGCCUAUCCAGCAGAUGAGCUGAUGCCUCUCAGCUGCAGGGGGAGAGUCCGUGGCCAGGAGCCCAAUAGAGGAGACAUAGAUGACUCCUUGGGGAAGUUUUCUCUCACACUGAUUGACACCCUUGAUACCCUGGUGGUGUUAAACAAGCUUGAUGAGUUUGAAGACGCAGUGAGAAAAGCCGUGACAGAUGUACGCCUGGACAACGAUGUGGUGGUGUCUGUGUUUGAGACUAACAUCAGAGUUUUAGGAGGGCUUUUGGGAGCCCACGUGAUGGCUGACCUGCUUCAGCAACGUGGGGAGAGGAUGCAGUGGUAUCGUGAUGAGCUCCUACACAUGGCUAAAGAGUUGGGCCAUCGAUUACUGCCCGCCUUUAACACAACAAGUGGCCUUCCCUACCCUAAGGUGAAUCUGCGUUAUGGAGUCCUAAAUCCACUGUCACGAACAGGCACUGAAUCUGACACCUGCACAGCAUGUGCUGGAACAAUGAUCCUGGAGUUUGCUGCCCUCAGCAGACUUUCAGGAGAGGCUGUGUUUGAGGAACAUGCAAGGAAGGCUCUUGAUGUCCUCUGGCAGAGGAGACAGAGGGGAAGUGACUUGGUGGGGACUGUCAUCAAUAUUCAUAAUGAAGAAUGGGUCCGGAGGGACAGUGGAGUUGGUGCUGGUAUUGACUCAUACUAUGAAUAUCUGAUGAAGGCCUACAUUCUUCUCGGAGACAAUGUUUUUCUGGAAAGGUUCAACGUUCACUACAGUGCCAUUAUGAAGUACAUCAGUCAGCCGCCCCUGCUGCUCAACGUACACAUGCACAACCCCACUGUGAGUGUGCGCAGCUGGAUGGAUUCUCUCCUGGCAUUCUUCCCUGGCUUACAGGUUUUGAGAGGAGAUCUGAAACCAGCUAUUGAGACUCAUGAAAUGCUUUACCAAGUCACCAAACAACACAAAUUCCUCCCAGAGGCUUUCACUACAGAGUUUAGAGUUCAUUGGGGCCAACACCUACUGAGACCAGAGUUUGCAGAAAGCACCUACUACCUCUAUAAGGCCACUGCUGACCCCUACUACCUCAGAGUGGGACAGUCCAUAGUGGAAAAGCUCAAUGCCUAUGCCAGGGUGCCUUGUGGGUUUGCUGCUGUUCAAGAUGUCCGCACCGGGACGCAUGAAGACAGGAUGGACUCGUUCUUUUUGGCUGAGAUGUUUAAAUACCUGUACCUGCUGUUUUCGGAGAAGAGCCAGCUGCCCAUCGAUAUUGACGACUACAUCUUCACAACGGAGGCUCACCUGCUUCCUGUAUCUCUCUCCACCACCCAGCCGCCCUGUCAAGGCAACAACACGGAGACUGUUCCUGGUUCUCAAGAAGAAGAUCUGUUCACACACUCCUGCCCCAGCAUGGAGACGUUAUUCCCAAACAACCCGACGUUUGCCAAAACCAUCCGGGACAGCUACAAGUACCUCACUGGGGUGGGAAGAGCCUUCCACCCCUUACCUGUCAGGGAAAUUGAACUACCGCUCCAUGAUAAUGGGAUGGAGCCAGUAGAGUUCUUGAAAAGCAUGGGCAUUUCUCUCACUCCACUAAAUGAGGUCAUGGCAGGAGACACCAGAAGUCGGAAGGAGCAUAAAGGAGUGUACCGGGUAAAACUUGUGGCAGAGGUGAGCCAUACACUUGAGGAGGAGGAGGUAGUGCCCCAUGUUGUUCAGCUCAUAUCGCCCCCAUUUCUGGGUAGGACAGUCCUCACAGCGGGACCUGCCAAGUUUGGGAUGGACCUCACCAAGCAGGAACACGGGGUGAAGGGCAGCGUAAUGAAAGCCUCUCCCUACACUGCAUGUGGACCAAUAGAUAAUACAGUGGAGCUCAAAGGACACAUUGCUCUGGCACUGCGUGGGGACUGCAUGUUUGCUGUAAAAGCUCGUUGGCUGCAGGAAGCAGGAGCCAUUGGAGUCAUCUUUAUAGACCACCGUGAGGGAAGUAAUAGCAAGGAAACUCCCCUGUUCCAGAUGGUUGGAGAUGGCGACUCCACUGAAGACAUUACCCUGCCUUUGGUCUUCCUGUUCAGCCAAGAGGGGGCCUUGCUCACAGCAGCUCUGGAGGAACAUCACAAUGUGGAUGUGCUGUUGCUUCCCAAGGAGAGGCAGCUGGGACAUGAUAAGACAGAAAAACCUGUCAGCAUUAACAUCAAACUCCACCUGGCAGAAGAGGGGGAGCUGGAGGAAGUAUCAUCCAGAAGACCCACCUUGGAGUUUAUCUUAGAGGAACAGGAGAUGCUUCUGAAGGAAGAGGAGGAAGAAGAGCUCAGAGGACAACAACAACAUCCGCAGCAGCAGUUCUGCUCCGAGGAAACAGAGAAUGACAGGACUGCACUGGGUUCAGCAGAUUCCUCUCAAAACGCAAACUCUAACAGUGGACCAGAUGCAAAUCCCUGACCACUGCUGAUCCCAAAGCAGCCAACUACGACCUCUCAUUAGUUUCUGAAUGGCGUGUGUCUCAGAGCCCUUCACUGCCCGACAUGGAGCACUAACUAACUAACUCGAUUUUGAAAACCUAAAAAUGGUUCUACAUUCAUUGGACGGAUUUGCAGUGGGGCUUUUAUUCUGUAUGGUGCAGGUCUCUCUGAAAUGAGGGAUGUCCUGAGACUAAACUAGACAGUUGAAGCUAAAAGCUGUAGGUCAACAUGCCCACACCUAGCCUGUAGUGUUGCUAUUGUAGGCUCACAAAAGAUGAUCGUGAUGAUAAUGAUUUCGAUCAUUUACUAGAAUUUGAAAUGACCUCACCCUAGAGGAAAACAUGUACUCAGCUAGGCUUUUAUGCAAUGCAGUUUGUUUUUAUUGUAGAGUGCACCUUUUCACUUGAACAACUACUGUUAAAUAUUCAGUGAUGGUGAACGGAAUUUAUUACUUGGCCAGUAGGUGGUGUUAGCUACUGAGCUAAUACAAUGUUAGUAGAUGAAGGAGAUGAGCUGGGGCCAAUUUGGGAAGUUUAUUUUGUACUUAUAAGCAACUUCAGGGAAUUUCAAGCGUGAAUGCAGUUUCCUAGGAUGACCCAUUUGAGCAUCACAGGUUGGCCUGCAGUCCCGGACUGCUAUGCACUUUGAAACACAGGUAUGAUCGUUCAUGGCAGAUUCAUUUUUUUGUGUGUGUGUUUGCAAAAAGUGAUUGCAGUUAUUUAUCGUCCCAUUUACAUUGUAAAACCAUGCAAUGUUUUAGCCACCUUAAAUAAGGAAUAUUCUACAGGGUUUAGUUUUUCUUAAACAGAAAAUCAUCUAAAAUUGCAGGAGUCAGACUGGAAAGGCCAAUUGAAUUCUGUACAUUGUUUCUAAAGUACGAUAGAUACAGUUGUCUUUUAUCAUACUUUCUACACAAACUAAAACUAUUUCAGGGCAUUUUUUAAUGUGUAAUCACUUUAUGGAUCAAUUAGGGAGAUGCAUAACUAUUUGAUUAGUUUGUUCAUAUUCACUUCAUUCUCACUACUAAUUUGUUGUGUUUUGUGGUACAAUAAAUGUGAGUUGAUGUUUGCGUGGGGGGAGACACUUUUAAUGCCAGAGUAUGUUUUAUUAUAUGUUUUUUUUACAGUGGAUGUGUUCCUGAUGCUGCUGAGUUUCAGUCUUAAUCCAACAUGACAUUUUUUUGUUUUUUUGUUUAGCCUUUAUGAGGCUUUGCCAACCUGUAUACCUCAGGACUAUAACAGUUCACACAUAGAAAAGGACUGCAGACAAGAAGUAGGGGAUUCUUUUUAUCAUUUUUUUAUGCAAUUUCAUUUUUUCCAACCGUUUUAAGGUUUCUGUUGAUCAGUGGCUGAAAGUCAAGUGCCAAAAGAUAUGCAUAAAAUGGCUCCUGUUUCUGUUUCACAUCUUCUCUGUUUUUAGUUUCAGACUGUGAGCUGAGGCAGUCUCAUAAAUACAUUUGAAAUCACAA